CCAGUAUUAUCUUCCAUUAGUUGGAAUGCUGGCCAGCGAUUGAUCAAUUUGCUUACGACCUUGCGAUUACAUCUAAACUUUUUCUACGUGCAAUGGCCUUAACGCGUUACGAAAGACUUUGUGCGGAGGCCCUAAGUUAACUUCUGCUGAAUUCAGCAAAUGCCGAACGCAGGACGCAGGCAGGUUUGUUGCGCAGCAACUUGUUUUGUCUGCGCAAAGAUUCAUGCAAAGUUACAAAAUAUGAAAGCUGGUCGAUCUUUCCAACUUUUCGGUACUAAUUUCUGGCAUGCUAGUGUAUCAAGUGGCAGGAGCGAAUGCUUGUAAGAAAUCUUUGAUGGUGCUUAAGCUGUUCAACGAAUAUCAUUGUGAUAAAUAUUGAUCGAAGAUAUAAGGUGUACGACACAGUAAGAUUUUUAGUACGUAUACAGAUAUGUCUAAGCAAGAGAAAGAUAGGGAUUUUGAUCCCUCAAAACCUUCAACCAGUGGGUAUCGCAAAUCCAGGUCAAGUCCUUAUUCAAGACCGAAAGAAGACCCACACAAAUAUUCUCACAAAGAACACAAGCGCACUGACAGUGAAAGUAAACAUUCUGUAAGUUCACAAUCAACUUCUGUUUCUACUAAAUAUGAAAUCAAAGAAGAGGUCAUGGAAACCAGUGAAGAGAUGACAACAAUAAAAUCAGAAAUAUCUGAAACUGAAAAUAUCGAAACGAAAGAACGACAACAGGAAAACUUUUUCGUCACAAGACCAAAAUCUUUGACCAACAAAAAAGGCGUAUCCGGACACCAAAUAGCGCUUCAGACAAACCAGUUUAAAAUGAUUACGGUACCUAAUUGGGGUCUUUAUAUGUAUCGAGUCGACUUCACUCCGGAAGAAAAUCGUACAGUUGUUCGCAAAGGCAUGUUAAGACUCUAUAAAGAAAAAGUUGGUGCUUAUCUUUUUGAUGGUACAUUAUUGUAUACCACUAGACGGAUUCCAGACAAAUUGGAACUGAAUACUGUCAGACAAUCUGACAACGAAAAAAUCACGAUCAGCAUACGCUUAGUUGGGGACGUAAUGCCAGAAGAUCGACAUUAUAUGGCAAUUUUUAACGUGCUAGUGAGAAAAUGUCUAGGUCAUUUGAAAUUGCAAUUAGUGGGUCGUGAUUAUUAUGACGCUAAGGACAAGGUCGUUCUUGCUAAAUACAAACUUGAAAUGUGGCCUGGCUAUAUAACAUCUAUAAGACGACAUGAACAAAGUAUCUUGAUGACUAUUGAACUAUCACAUAAAAUAUUACGCCAAGAUACUUUAUAUAAUAUACUGGAAGAUUGCUACAGAUCUGGUCGUGAUUAUAAACAAUCAUAUUUAAAUACAGUAAUAGGAACUGUUGUGCUUACGGAUUAUAAUAAUCAUACAUAUCGAAUUGAGGAUGUCGAUUUUGAUGUAAGUCCUGCUUCAACAUUUAAUAUGAAAGGAAAAGAGAUAUCUUAUAUGGAUUACUAUAGUACAAAAUAUUCCAUAAACAUAUUACAUCCUACACAACCAAUGUUAGUAACAAGAGUGAAACGAAAAGAUCGAAAUGCUGGUCAAAACGAUCUUGUUUAUUUGGUUCCCGAACUGUGUCGUUCUACAGGUUUAAGCGAUAGUAUGAAAGAGAAUUUCCAUCUUAUGAGAGAUGUGGCUACAUAUACUCGUCUCCAUCCACAAGCUCGAAUCGAAAAACUGUUGAAAUUUAAUAGGAGAUUACGUCAAGAGCCCAAAAUCGAGCAAGAAUUAAAAGACUGGGAAAUAAAAUUAGACUCAAAUCUAGUUGAAGUUACUGGUCGUGUAUUACCAUCUGAUAGACUCACGUUUGGUCACAAUUUAGUUGUUUCAUGCAGAGAAGGAGAUUGGUCGAGAAACAUGCAAAGAGCACCUUUAUUUUAUGGGAAAGAGUUGAGAAACUGGGUAAUAAUGGGGACUCAUCGAUCUAGCCAUAGUAUAAUGAAUUUUGUAGAAAUGAUACGUCGGGUAGGACGCGAAAUGGCAUUCAUUGUUGAAAUGCCGUAUGUACAUUGGUUAAAUGAUGAUAGAGCCAAUGCAUAUGCUGAAGGACUUGAAAUCGUUCUCAGUAGAGGUUGUCCACAAUUAGUAUUCUGUGUAGUGAGCAAUAACCGCAGUGAUCGUUAUUCAACUAUUAAGAAGAAGCUGUGUGUAGAUAGGCCUGUGCCAUCUCAACUUUUCCUGCAAAAAAAUUUAAAUGGUAGAAAUACUAUGUCCAUUGCAACAAAAGUUGCAAUACAGAUGAAUUGCAAAUUGGGAGGUGCUCCUUGGCGAAUUGACGUUCCGAUAAAAGGAUUGAUGACCAUUGGCUUUGAUGUAUGUCGUGAUGCAAAAACAAAAGGAAGAGAUUUUUUGUCUAUGGUAGCCACAGUCAACCAAACACUAACUAGAUUUAUUAGUGCCAUUUCUAUAUAUCAUAGCAAUGAAGAGCUUGCAGAGCAACUCUGCACAAAUAUACGCAAGGCCGUGCAGCAGUAUCGAGAGAUAAAUAAAGCGCUACCUAUGUAUCUUAUCAUUUACCGAGAUGGUGUCAGUGAUGGUCAAGUACAAGAAGUUUAUACACACGAAGUAGAAAACCUGAAAAAACAUCUUGAAAAGAUAUAUUAUGGUCCAAAUUUCAAGAUGAUAUAUGUACUUGUAUCUAAGAAAAUUUCCAUUCGGUUCUUCAAUAGAAGAGAAAAUCCUCCGGUCGGUACAGUCGUUGAUGAUGUUGUUACCAAUCCGCUUAAAUAUGAUUUCUAUCUUGUGUCGCAACAAGUUAGACAAGGUACUAUUUCGCCCACCGCUUAUAACGUUAUUUCCGAUAAUACUGGAUUACAGCCUGACGUCAUACAAACAAUAACUUUCAAAUUGUGUCAUCUGUAUUACAACUGUACAAGUACUGUCCGCGUACCGGCUGUUUGUCAUUAUGCAAAAAAAUUUGCUACUUUAAUAGGUAGGUUCAUUCAUCAGCCCCCUAACUCACAGCUAGAACAUUAUUUGUUUUAUUUGUAAUAAAACUAAGGCUAUUUCAUUGUUACGUCUUUUCCGCACGACAAAAAUUUAAUUAAGUAUUGCAUAAAGAAUUCUGAACCAAUCAAAUUUUUUUUUUAAAUGUCUCCCAAAAAUGCAAGAUUAACUUGUAGAUGGCAUAGCCGAAUAGUGUUGUACGCGGCUAAUACAAUUGCUGAUACAUAAGACCAACGACAUUUGGCAACACAUAACAUUAUAAGUCUUAUUCAACACAAUCGGUCAAUUCCGAAUGAAAUAAUUAGCCGAUUAAAUUAAGCAAAGAUAUGAUAGGAAUAACCAUAAAAUAUAACAAUUCAUCUUUCUUUAACACAAACAGAUAUACUUUUAUCUUUAUAUACUUGUUAUAUAUUGUCAAGCAAGAUUUUACUGUGAAGUUUCUAACUAUGUAAAAUCAAUCCAAUAAGUAUAACUAAUGUUCGAGUUAGUAAAAAAAUGUAUUUUACGUAUAUUUUGUGAUCUGGUCAAGCUCUUGCUCUCUAGUAGAUAUAUAUUUACAUAUAUUCACAAUUUUCUUUUGCAUAUACACGACGCACAAUUAAUGAAUAAGUCACGUACGUGUUGUGCGUGUAUAUAUGCAUUAUAAGUUUUCUAAAUGACCAAUCAAUAUUCACACAUUAUUUUUUUGUUUAACUACUGAUACUGCCUACAAUUUUAUAUUCUCUAUUUUUGUAUUACCAAAGACUUGUUUUUAUAUCUAUUUUUAAUGUUCUGUAUGUUACACAGUUGACAAAUGAAAUUUAGAUUGAAAUAAUUUUAUUUUUAUUAUUAUUUUCUUAAUUGCUUAUGCUAAUAUUGUUUUAGAAUAAUUAGAGUACUACUUAUUCAUUUUAUUCAUAUAGAUUCUUGUAUCAUAUGUUUACUUAAACAGACUUUGGUGAUACUAUGAAACAGUAUUAUAUGAUGAUACAAAUCUUAAAAGAGCUUCUGAUAGACUGAUAAUUUUAUAAUAGAUUGUAUCUCUCUAAUAUAGAAAAUAAGGUACUUAAAUAAGUUUUUUAGUUUUUUAUCU